GGACAGCAUAUGUUUAACAUUUCUCUCCGCUGAUUAUUUAAUAAGUUUCGCGACUAUUGAAUCCGGCAAAAUUGUAUAGUUUUCUAUAAAAUUUAAAUAAAUAAUUAAUUCGAAUUGUGAUGUUAGCUCCGCGAAUAAUAUCUUGCACAGCAAUUGGGAUUAGGAGAUUAGGCUAUCAAGGGUUUCAUACACGAAAAAUUUCUAAUGUGUUAUUACCCAUCAAUUGGAAUUGCUCGCAAAUAAGCAGACAAUAUAAGAAAAAUAUUUUUGCCAAAGAGAUAACACCUGAUAAACAACACAAAAGUAAAUGUUUUUACGCCACACAACCGGAAAACAAUAACGACAUUAAUAGUUUACAAUGUGUUUACUGUGGUUCCUUAAAUCAACGGAUGAGAGCAGUCAAAAUACUCUCGCUUACUACUAGCUUAGUGGGCUUGGCAGCGCAACCCAUUCUUAUGGAGCAGAGUGCAAAAUUAGGCGGUACUGCUUUGGCAAUUUUUAUAUGUGGAUUUGCCGGCUUCUUUACAUUUGUAACACCGUUGUUGCUUCAUUUUAUUACCAAAAAAUAUGUUACGGAAAUAUAUUAUAAUCCGAAAACUGAAGAAUAUGUAGCGACCACUAUAUCGAUUCUAAUGCAGAAAAUUCAAACAAAGUUUCGUCCCAUUGACGUGAAAGUACCUGAGGUACCAGGAAUGUUUACUUCCUUUUUUGUAGGUAAAAAGGCGUUAUUUGUGGAUCCAUCUAUGUUCGACAAUCCUGAGCAUUAUGUUCGCAUAAUGGGUUACGACAAACCAGUUGAUUUUAAAUUGGAUCUUGAAAAAAACAAAUCGGAUCGAACGCAGUAAAAAAAGUGUUGUAGUGAAAUUCAAUUUAUAUAUAAAUAAAACAACUGUAAAACAAUGACAAAGCCGAA